AUGCCACAUCACAACACAAAUAUGGUUCUUGUUCAACCUCAACUUGACUCACUAUACUACAUUCACCUAAGCGAUGGACGAAAUUCAGUCACAGUUACACCCAAGCUUGAUGGCACUAAUUAUGACGGUUGGAGUAGAUCUAUGAGAAGAGCUCUUGGUGCAAAGAACAAGCUUAUCAUGGUUGAUCAUACAAUACAUGUGACAAAUGAUGAUGAUGAUCUCAAUAGAUUAGCUUGGGAAUGUUGCGACCAUCUAGUACAUUCUUGGAUCAUAAGUUGUGUUUCUCAUUAUAUUGCUCAAAUGAUUUUAUAUCAUGAUAAUGUAAUUGAAGUAUGGGAUGACUUGAACGAAAAAAAUUAA